UCCCUCUCACAACACGGAAUAUGGCGGCCAGCUCAGAUCGGAUUCCUCCUCCUUUCCCUGCCACAGAGGAACCGGGAGCCGGACUGUCUGACAUGGCAGACGGAGACAGCGACGAGGGAGAGGACAUCUUCGUCAGUAACAGUAACCCCGUGGCUGUCAGUCGAGGAGUCUCUCAGCCAGACAACGUCAGCGAUGAGCCUCCAGAUCUGUUCAGCGAGGAGGAGGCCAGCAGCACCAAUGCUAAAUCCAACGGAGUUCACUCUGAUGAUGACAACGACCUGUUUGCUGAGGCACACGUGGAGCUGAGCACAGACACGCCCGGCAGCUCUGCUCGGAAAGAGCUCUCCACCUCCUCCUCUGGCCCCCGUCCUGCCUCCUCCUUCACUCAGAGCCCUGCAGCCAUGCAGCCCACCUCCUUGGAGCAGUUGGAGGAGGAAGAGGCCAGGGAUAGUUUCGAUGUGGAUGUUGCCGUCACCAACCCUGAGAAAGUCGGAGACGGCAUGAAUGCAUAUGUGGCCUACAAAGUAUCCACCAGGACCUCCUUGGCCAUGUUUAAGAACAAGACCUUCUCUGUGAGGAGGCGUUAUAGUGACUUCCUGGGUCUUUAUGAGAAGCUGUCGGUAAAGCAGUCGCUCCAAGGUUGCAUCAUUCCACCACCGCCUGAGAAAAGUGUCGUUGGAAUGACCAAAGUGAAGGUGGGAAUGGACGACCCAUCAUCAGUAGAGUUCGUGGAGAGAAGAAGAGCAGCUCUAGAGAGGUAUCUGCAGAGAGUAGUGUCUCACCCAUUGUUACUACAAGAUCCUGAUGUCCGUGAGUUCUUGGAGAGAGAGGAGCUCCCCAGAGCAGUGAACACUCAGGCGCUGAGUGGAGCUGGCUUCCUCAAAAUGAUCAACAAGGCCUCAGAUGCCGUCAACAAGAUGACCAUCAAGAUGAACGAGUCUGACACUUGGUUUGAGGACAAGUUCCAGGAGGUGGAGAAUGAGGAGCAGCAGCUGAGGAAGCUUCAGGCAGUGGUCGACUCCCUGGUCAACCACAGAAAGGAGCUGUGUGGGAACACGGCAGUAUUUGCCAAAAGUAUGGCCAUGUUGGGAAACUCUGAGGACAACACAGCCCUGUCAAGGGCCCUCUCCCAGCUGGCAGAGGUGGAGGACAAGAUGGAGCAGCUGCAUCAGGAGCAGGCAGCCAGUGACUUCUUCAUCUUUGCAGAGCUGCUGGCCGACUACAUCCGCCUACUGGGUGCUAUGAGGGGGUGUUUUGACCAGCGUGUGCGGGCAUGGCAGCGAUGGCAGGAGGCUCAGAGCACACUCCAGAAGAAGAGAGAGGCCGAGGCCAAGCUGCUGUGGGCCAACAAGCCGGACAAACUGCAGUCGGCCAAAGAAGAGAUCACUGAGUGGGAGGCGAGGGUCACUCAGUACGAGAGAGAUUUCGACAGGAUUGGCAUGACUGUACGCAAGGAGGUUCUCAGGUUUGAGAAAGAAAAAGCCAAGGACUUCAGGAGCCAGAUAAUCAAGUAUUUGGAGGCGAUGCUGCAGUCUCAACAACGGCUUGUUAAGUUUUGGGAGGCGUUCCUGCCUGAAGCAAAGGCUAUAGCUUAAUGAAGAGGGAGACUUUCUGAAGACCCCAACUGCCUUUUUUUAACACUUUACCUCUUGACCAGGAACUGAGAGGACGAUUUUGAAACACACAAGAAACUUCCAUCCAUUUUUUUCUUUCAUCUUUUUAACCAUAGUGUAUUCUCUUAUCUUGUACAGUUCUUUUUGAUAUAAUAAGCUGCCGCAUUUACAAAAUGUUUCUUUGGUAUAACUCCUUGUUUAUGUACUUGACUGAAGAUGGUAUAAAGCAGAACGUGGACCUGGCCGUAGUAUUUGUAAAGACCCACCGUCUGCCAGUGGGCUAUAUAUUUAUGUUUCUUGAUUAAACCAGUAUGAUAAAGUGUUAACACUGAGGUACUGCCCUAGAGCAACAUUGUCUAUAGUUUACAUUAGAUGAUAGACGUAUGUAAGUCAUUCCAGCCUCUAACAGCUCAUGUUGAUGGAUGCAUGUCAGAUAAUGUUUUGAUGCACUAAAAUGCAUUGUACAGUUGGAAAAGCUGUUUUUUAAAAAUGAAAAUACCACUAUUGAUGACUGAGGUCAUUUAACAGGAGUAUUAGCACAUUGUUAUUGUAUCACACGUUGCAUAUUAGAUCAUAGAAAUCAUAUUAAAACUCACAUUUGGAGUUGUUACAAUAUAACAGAAACUGAAGGUUACAGUGAGUGCAAGUUGAGAAUAUGCAAUCACUGCUUUGUUGGUAUUUUCUAUGACGAUGUAUUUACUAGAAUCAUGUUGUCAAAUAUUGUAUUAAUCCAUUUUCUUCCGCAAACCGUUUUAAGUACUUUGAUUUCUUGUGUCAGAGAUUUAGGCCCAGAGCGACUCGUCUGAAAGUGCUGCAGAGAUUGUUUACUGCCUGUAAAUGACUAUUGACACGUAUGUACACAUGUACAGUACUUGAAUCGAAUCAUACAAAUACUUUCAGAUAUUAGUAACCAUACAUGUUUUGAUAAAUUGGUUUAACAGUGACAGGAAGGCACAGACAUUCAAGUGGUAUGGUCCCUUAUUUUCUUAUUCAGCAUUUGUAAGCGUAGUUUCUCCGUCAUGUCAUAUUUACGUAAGAAUGUGCUUUAUUUUUGUAACCACUUUGCAUUAGCACACACAUUUUCCUGGAAAUGCUAAAACAGGUAGAUGUACAAAAUAAAUAUGAUUGGUUAAGC